AGUGCCAGAAGGGAGGCGUGCGCAUGUUAGCAAAAGAGCAUAGAAAAAUACAGGAGGCAGGUGGUGGGUGAAGAAACUGAAGAGAGGGGCGAACAUUUCUAGCUGCAAAUCGAGAAAUUCCUCUCUCUAAACUCUUAAUUCUGUUGGAUCUCAUCGUUUUUAUCGGUAUCUGAUCGCCAUGGAGUCUGCCGCCGUUCUCCGCUCUUUCCAAUAUGCCGUUGGCUCAAGUUCUCAUCUAAAGUCUGGUGUAGAAAGACCUGCCAUGAUUACCAUGAAUAAUGCAGCCUUCUACAACCUAAGUAGAUUGCCCGUUUUUGGUGGAAAUACCGUUUCAUCUACAAACAGGCAUGGAGCACUACUUGUGUCAUGUGUGAAGACCUCUGAAGCUACUGUUACAGCCAAAUCCAAAGGUGACCCCAAUGGAGCAGUUCUAGCAGAUAGUCCACAAAAUGGAUCACCGGAGAAGAAAUCACCAAUCAAUGCUACCUUUCCCAAUGGUUUUGAGAACCUGCUGUCAGAAGUCUGUGAUGAGACAAAGAUCGCCGAGCUUAAAGUUAAGAUUGGAGGCUUUGAACUCCACAUGAAACGGAACAUUGAUGGCCCAGCAAUCUCUGCACCUGUUGUUAGCCAAACAACCGUACCAUCUCUUCCAAGUAAACCAGCAAACGAAUUGAGUCCUUCUGCUCCCCCUCCCCCAUCUAAAUCUUCUGCAGAAAAGGUGAACCCAUUUGCCAAUGUCUCUGUUGAGAAGGCAGCAAAAUUGGCUGCACUGGAUGCUUCUGGAUCUAGUGGCUAUGUUAUAGUAUCAUCACCCACGGUUGGUUCGUUCCGAAGAGCCAGGACCCUAAAAGGAAAGAAGCAACCGCCUGCUUGUAAAGAGGGUGAUCUGAUCAAGGAAGGGCAAGUUAUAGGUUAUCUGGAUCAAUUCGGCACCGAGCUUCCUGUCAAUUCCGACGUAGCUGGAGAAGUCCUGAAGCUCUUAUACAAUGAUGGAGAAGCUGUCGGUUAUGGAGACCCGCUCAUCGCGGUGUUACCGUCUUUUCACGGUAUUAGGUAAUUUCCCCUGAAGCAGAUUAGCUUCCACCAAGACCUGCAGUGAAAGCAUCACUUCAAAACCACCAUUGGACAUGUUCAAGAUGAAUCUUCUUUUCUUUUCUUUUUCUUUUUUCUUUUUUCUUUUUUUUCCCCCCCUUGAGAGAAACAGAGAGUAAUUGAUAUUAUGUUAUCACCAUUUGAAGAUUUGAAGAUUUAACUUUUUGUAUUGCUCUUUUCAGUGUGGAUACAUUAGUAAUUUCGUUUUGUUUUCAGAAUAUCCUGUUUGUGUUAACGCUUCAUAACUCGCA